GGGCAGGCUCAACAAAAAGAGGCAACCAGUUUAAAAAUGGAUGUCUCCCGCGGAGUAGCCUCAGCCCUUAAAGAAAGCAAGAAAUAUAGAUAUCAUUAUAUAAAUAAAGAAAUUGAAAGUAAGUGGGGACAUAUCCCUCUAAAUGAGUUUUUAAAAGAGGCUAAAAGAAGAGAAGAAGCAAAAAUGAUUAGCCGUCGUGAUUUGUUGGAGUUAGCAGAAGUUGUAAUGGAGAAUGAGGAGCAAAAACGCAAAGCAAAUCCGGUCAGGUUACCUUUUUUCGAUCUUAAACAAAAAAGGAGAAAGCAAUUAAAAGCAAUGGAAACUACAAAUAAGAAAAUAGACGGGGUUAAUUCUGCUAUCCUUGACAUCCAAAAGCAGAGAAAUUACGAAGUAGAUGACAUAACAAUUUUAGUAAGAGUAGCUAAAUAUAACAAAGAUUAUUAUUUGAAAAUUGAAGCUCAAGGUGAUUAUAAAAAUAUUGGAGGUGUAGCCCGUGAGUUUACAUUGAAAUUAAGACAAGGUAAAAAUCUGGUUGGGAAAGAUAGAGAAAGUGGAUUGAAGGAGUAUUUUUAUAUCGAUAAAAAAGAGUUGAGACAUUAUUAUAGCAAAAACGGAGGCAAAGCCAGUUAUGAAAAUCCGAUUAUUAAUGAGGAUGGUUAUAGUUUUGUAAGUUUAACAGAUAAUAAAAACAUAUUGAUUUUUCCUUAUAAUGCAGGAUUAAAAAUUAGUGAAAGUGGUUUAAGCGGUGAUUUUUCUUUGGAACCAAAAGGCAAAAAUGGGUCAGUGGCAAUUAUUAAAGGCGAUUUAUUUUUAUUUAUCGGUCAACAUUACGGAAAUACUUAUUAUGUGGGUCAAAGAUUACAGCCCCAUUAUAGAUACAGCCAUAAUAGAUACAUGGUUGAUUUAGACGAGACCGAUUUUGAAGUUUUAAGUGAGGGUGUUUUUAUCGGCGAAUAUACCUCUCCAAAGGAAGUUUUGGAUAAAUACGAUUUAGU